UGUAUCUGUCGAGGCCGUUGAGGAUGGCAUCAAUGUUGGCCGGGCGAGUCUCGCACUUGUCGAAGGUGACACCCAUUUUGACGAGAGGUUUGAGAGGGGGGGGUUGAGGUGAAAUUGGAGGGGAGAAGAGAGGCGGAGUGGAGGAGGAUCGAGAUGUUGCGAAGUGCGGGAUUGAUUGAAUCUGGCCUGGCUGGUGUGGCUUCCUUUCUGGCCCUUUCGGAUUUUGGUGGGUUUUUCGCGCUUGUCUCGCUGUGCGGCAUGCUCGGGAGGCACCGGAAACGGAUAGUUUACCCGAGGAAGCAUAUACUCGUCUCAACCAGGACGCUCAAUAUGAAGCACAGGGUUCAUGAGAAGUAUGAUAAGACAUUUGAGGUAGUUCCAAGCAAGAAGAAAAAGAAGAACGACAUCCAUAAGUGGUUGUAGAAAGGCUUGGUGGGCAAAAACUGCUCCGAGGACAGACAAACAAAAAGAUUUGACAAGAGUGGGAUUCGAACCCACGCUCUUUCGAACUAGUGUUU